UGUUCGCCCCCACGGCGCAAAUCGCCUGUCUCUCCUUAACUCUUACCCCGACAUCCGCGUGGUUCCAUCGGUCUAUGCCAGCGACGCCGUCCGCGGCCUCGCCUCCCGCCCAUCCCUCGUUGCCGCGCUAUCGGCCAUGUACUCGAGGCACGGCGCUGUCCGAUGCGCCCAUCGGCUGCUCGACCAAAUGCCCGACCGAGACCCCGUCUCCUGGAACAUGGCUAUAUCCGCCUGGUUCCGCGCCGGCAACUGCCGCGCGGCUCAGCAGCUCUUCGACCGUAUGCCGUGGCCUAACGACGUCACCUGGUCCGCCAUGAUCGCCGGGUACUCCCAGAGCGGCCGCGCUCGCGAUUCCUUGCUUAUGUUCAGGAAAAUGAGGAGAGAGGCGGCGUGCACUUUGACUAGUUGUAAUGUUGUUGCCGGCGUUCUCUCUGCCUGCGCGCAGUCCGGUGAACUUAGCUUCGGAGCUCAGGUCCAUGGUUUUGCGGUCAAGAUCAGCAGGUACACUGAAGCCGAUGCCUUCGUCGGUGGAGCUUUGGUCGACAUGUAUGGCAGGUGCGGCUGCAUUGGACUUGCUAGGCUUGCAUUUGACUACAUGGCUGAGAGAACCGUGGUGGCUUGGUCUUCGCUUAUCGCAAACUAUGUGCGUAAAGGUGAUGUUUUGGUGGCUAUAGACGUCUUGAGGGAAAUGAUUCAGGGUGGCACGGAGCCGAACAAUGUAACGUUAACCACCUUGAUCUCUGCAUGCUCCCACAUACCUUUUCUCUCCUACGGACGGGGAUUGCAUGCUGCUGUAGUCAGAAGGAGCUCAAGGAAACCAGACGUGUUUGUGUCAACUGCAUUGAUCGGCAUGUAUUCCAAGUGGGGAUCCCUGUCCUGUGCUCAGAAUGUGUUUCAUAUGGUUGGAAGUCAUUUGGGUUUUUGGCCGACGGCAAUAUGGAACGCGUUGAUCACAGGAUAUGUGGCAAAUGGUAGUCUGGAUGGUGCCUUGAAUACAUUCCAGUACAUGUGCCGGUCAUCUAAUGCAGGAUCACAGUUGAACUCUGUGACCAUGGCUAUUGUUCUUCCUAUCUGCAGUAGAUUGGUGUUGAUACUUCAUGGGGAAGAACUCCAUUGUUAUGCCAUAAAACAUGGAUUGGAAAAAGAGAUUGUUGUAGGAAAUGGGCUUUUGCACUUUUAUAGCAAGUGCGGAAACAUUGCUCUCGCAAGGAAACAGUUUGACAUGAUGACAGAGAAGAACACGAUCUCCUGGACUACGCUGAUCGAUGGCUAUGGAAUGCAAGGUGAUGGACGCAGUGCAAUCAAAGUUUUUGAAAAUAUGGUGAGAGAUGCAACUGUGAAGCCAGACAAUAUCACUUUUGUAGCACUUGUCUCUGCAUGUAGUCAUUCUGGUCUGGUGGAGGAAGGCCUUAGAUACUUUGAAGUGAUGACUCGAGAGUAUGGCAUCAUCCCUACAGAAGAAAAUUAUGGAUGCCUGGUAGAUCUUCUAGCUCGAUCUGGAAACAUAGAUGAAGCUAAAAAAUUUAUCAAGAAACUUCCGGUAGAGCCUACCGAAAAUAUUUGGGGUGCCCUACUUGGUGCUUGCAGAAUUCACCAGAAUCUUGAUGUGGCAGAACUUGCAAUGCAGCAUCUACGCCAUCUUGAGCAACGGGGAAGUGGUUUUCAAGCACUGUUAUCUAACCUAUAUGCUGAGAUGGAUAGAAGAGAUGGUUCUGUCAAGAUGCAGCAGGAGAUGGUUGAAAUUGGCGUGCCAAAGAGGAAAGGUUAUAGUUGGUUGGAGAGUAAGAAGGACUCAGCCGCAAUAUGUUGAAUCAAUCCAGUAUCAAUGGCAUGGGGAAGGGAGAAUAUUUUUGCAGUAUGAGAUACCAAAUGAUCCUAUUGGCACUGGGACAUAAAAACAUAAUCUUGAAAAUGUUUGGUUCGGAACAUGUUCCUCUGUGUUACUUCUUGCGCUAUAGGUCGGUUGAAGAAACACAAUGCAACUGGGGAGCUGCAAUCAAGGCUAUCAGUGAAAGAGGAAAGGAAAAACUGACAGGCAAAUGGGGCUGUUUAUUUUGAAGAAUUGACGAAGGCAUUUAAUUUAGAAACUGGAACACCCGAUUUCAUCUCACCGGAUCCAGUGUUGAUCCAUGCACUUCCUAUUAUAUCCAUGGAGAUUUACUUUUCUGUUGGGUUUCAAGGGUGCAUGUGAAAUCCGUAUCAUAUCCUAUUCAUAAUUUGCUGUGUUCUAUGACUGAUUCGUUUAACAUGUGUCCGAUCUCUAUCAAUGGAUUCAAAUCUUAAGUAAAUAGUAUAUAUCUCAAGCAUGGUGGAUAAAAGUAUGAAAUCAACGUCCAUCUUAAAAUAGGGAACUAGAGACCAAACAUUAUCCAAGCUUCUUUUCAUUUUGAUAACAUGCAUGUUUCUCUAAUCCAGUGCAGGAACAUUCAUGCAUUUGAGAUGAUGGAGCUGAUGUCGAUCCCGACGUGAGCCACGGGCAGAGUUCAUGCAUUCCAAUGGGUCCUGUGCCAUCAGUGGUUGAAUUAGGAGCAGAGUGUGGCUGAGAUGCUGUGGCAGCAGCCUGAUGAAUUGUGAUAGAUACCGUGAGGAAACAUCGACAGGAGUAAGGAAAGGCCAUGACUUUGUGGCAACAAGAAAUAAGCAUUCAUGGUGAAGAAGUCAGUGGCAGGAUCCACCAGCUCAGGCGUCUUGACAUCCCAGCAAACUGUAAUCAUCAACAGUAUACCGAGUGAGUUGCAGGCCAUAAUCCCACAAUUCAUCCCCUUAGGGUUCUAUUUCUGGCUGACUGGAAAAGCAGAUAGAUGGAAGGACAGAGACUAUCAAGACAGAGACAUUGCUAAGAACUUCUAUUACAGAAUCCUCUGAUUGAUCAAAAGAGAAGCUACACACAAACACUGUUCUAUCGAACAGUUGCUUAUAACUGGGGCAAUUCAGACAAGAAGACAUGGCUGAAUUAGUUGUGCAAUCAUCAACUGGCCAAGGCUGUCCGAUAAAUAUGCAUUGGAUUUACACCGCUUUCUUUAGAUCUAGCUGUGCUGAUCUAUAAGCCUAUUAAAAGGGAUGGACAACAACAAUGAGACUUCGGUACUGUGUCUGAGAGGAUUUAUUGUAGUCUUUGGCAAAAGACCAAAGGUUAUACAUUACAGUUGCUUUCCUUGUGCCUCUGAUCUUCCAUUCUAUGGAAUGAGAUCUAAUAUAAACUUGACGUUGCAUUUA